CAUCGUUGAAUUGCUCCGGUUGAGCCUACCCACCGCGAGCCAUUGACACGCCCGUGUCACCUCACCACCCCACCUAGCGAUACUCGACUAUCACAACACCAACACCCUCCCGCCACCUCGUUCAUUCACCGCGCCGGAAGCGUUCAAUCGCUGUCCUAGUCGUGAAGCCCUCGCCACGACCACGAUUCACACAAACUCGACCGAGUCCACCUCCACCUCACACAUUCACAUUCGCAAACAUGGAGCGCAGACCCCGGCCCACCGUUCCAGGCCUUGUCGCCAUCCUUGCCUUGUUUCUGUUCAGCAUGUCGGCGACGGCAGAUUUUACAACGUCGUACUGCUCGAAUCAGAACACGGGCAGUACUGACACUUUCAACUGGACAUGGCAAUCUAAUGGCAAGUGCACCGAUCACUGCAAUGAACAGGGCACCUUCGCCUUCGCUGUCAUCAAGUACACCGACUGCUGGUGUACAAACUACAUUCCCGCCCAACAACAAGACACCAGUGGCUGUAUGGUCGACUGCCCUGGUUUUCCCGACGAAAAAUGCGGCGACAAAGACAAGGACUUGUUCAUAUACAUCAAGCUGAAGGGCUCUCCAUCCGGUACCCAAGGAGCUUCCCAGGCAACAUCCGCAGCCGCGAGUAGUGCAGCCCCUCCUCCUCCGCCUUCUUCGACUGAAAAGCCGACUUCUGCAGCCAAAACCCCUACUCCGGCUCCGCCAAGUAAAGUGGUCCCAAGUAUUGCUACGUCCCGUCCAGAGUCUGUCAUUCGGACGGCUUCUAGCGUGGCGCCGACUAGUACUGUGUACCCUUCUUUGGCUUCUACUUCAUCUACGCCUACCCCGCAAACUUCAACUACGCUCAAAGCCGUUCCCACGACGGCUGUGGCAGAGCCAAUGACAAGUUAUUGGGUCGUCACUGAAAGUGGUGCCAUUGUUACCAGAACAGUCGUUGUCUCUCCCUCGUCCGUUCCAGCUAGAACAGCUGACAACGGCGGUGGGACAAAUGUGGGCGCCAUUGUCGGAGGUGUCGUUGGAGGAAUUGUAGGCCUCCUGGCUCUCGUCGGCAUUGUAAUUUUCGCCCUAUGGCGGAGAAGAAAACAACAACGAGAGCACCACCAAGGCGAGACUGGUGGCUCAUCGGGCAUCACCCGAAACACAAGCACCAUGAGUAAAGCUGGCCUGCUGGGAAAUACUGCAGAGAAAGACAUACAGUAUCCACCGCAGAUUAUGACCAACUUCAGUACCCAUGGGAGCAGGCAUGACGGGGAUUCCAUCAGUCCAACCACGGGGUCGGAGCGCAGAUACAGCCAGCCAUUAAUGAUUGACUCCCGGCUCGAUCCGAGGGCUGUCUUGACAUUCCACGGCGCCAACAUCAGUCGCGAAAGCUUAGCCAGCAUUGACGACAGCCGGGAUUACGGACGCCAACUAAACGUUCGAAACCCUGAUCCGGACCACCGGGACUAAAACUACAAUCAUUUACUGCGAGCUCGACGUUGGCACUUCGAGAUCGCUUAACGUUAGUAAUGGCAGUUGGAUGUCAGCAGCUACGUUACGACCUCACGAAUACACAAGCAUCCACACCUGUACAGGAUCUUUAUUUUAGCAUUGGCGCACGG